AUGGUUUGAAGACAGAGCAGCAGAGGUAAACCUCAGGUUUGUGAUCUUUAUCAUCACCUUUCUGCAGUCACACCAAGCACUCCUUGAGUAUGCACUGUGGCUCCAGAGCUUCUCUUAGAGAAAAAUGUACUAAAUUAAGUUACCUUAACUUCUCUCUCUUUUACUAUAGAUUUCUCUUCUCACUUCUUGAAUUCUUGCUGAGCCCUUUCCUCAGAAAUCUAUACUUGAAUUUUGAGGAACUGGAUUGCUUUAUUAGAUCUCAGGCCAGAUGAGCUAUGCCUGACUAGUUCUGGUGGUGUUAAUAACUAAUGGAGGCAUUGUUUUUGACUCUGAAAGUGAUCUGAAUUAGAGAUUCCAAUUAAGCCAACAUUCUUUCCAGGAACAUGGUAGCAUAGGGAAUAAAUUGAAAGGCCUAGAUCUAGAUAAAGGUGAUGGAGAAGCAGCAAAAUAAACUGAACUAAACUAAGAAAAUAUAUAAAUAAAAUGAAAAUUCUAGAGAACUCUUAAAUGGACAUCAUUUAGUAAACAUUUAUUGAACAGCUAUUAUUAUUAGGUUUUGUUAUUGCACAGAUGGAUAAAAUACAGGUCCUUUCCUUAAAGAACUUACAGAGCAGCAGGAGAGAGACACACAGCUUACUGGAGAUAAUUCUUGCAAAUGAUUUGUCUUCUUAAAGACGUUUGUUUGUGUUAUAUUCCAGCGAGAGGCUGGCAUCUAAGGAGGCUGUCCCAGAUUGGAGGACUUUGUUGCUCAUGGCGUGACUUCUGCAAAAGGCGUGGCAAAGCAUAGUUCUUUGCGGAUGAAUCGAAUGAGUUAAUUUCAUCAACUUUAUAGUCCUACAAGGAUCUGCUCACAUUUGGUCCUUUCACAUAACUUGUGCACAGUGCUGAAGGUUCCACAUGACCCUGUUGCCCUUGAAGAGCACUUCAGGGAUGAUGAUGAGGGGCCUGUCUCCAAUCAGGGCUACAUGCCGUAUUUAAACAAGUUCAUUUUGGAAAAGGUCCAAGACAACUUUGACAAAAUUGAAUUCAACAGGAUGUGUUGGACCCUCUGUGCCAAAAAAAACCUCACAAAGAAUCCCCUGCUUAUUACUGAAGAAGAUGCAUUUAAAGUAUGGGUUAUUUUCAACUUUUUAUCCGAGGACAAGUAUCCAUUAAUUAUUGUGCCAGAAGAGAUUGAAUACCUGCUUAAGAAACUUAUAGAAGCUAUGGGAGGAGGUUGGCAGCAAGAACAAUUUGAGGAUUAUAAAAUCAACUUUGAUGACAGUAAAGAUGGACUUUCAGCGUGGGAACUAAUUGAACUUAUUGGAAAUGGACACUUUAGCAAAGGCAUGGAUCGGCAGACGGUGUCUAUGGCAAUUAGUGAAGUCUUUAGUGAGCUUAUAUUAGAUGUGCUGAAACAGGGUUACAUGAUGAAAAAAGGGCAUAGACGGAAAAACUGGACUGAACGCUGGUUUGUGCUAAAACUCAACAUAAUCUCUUAUUAUGUGAGUGAAGAUCUGAAAGAUAAGAAAGGAGAUAUUCUCUUGGAUGAAAAUUGCUGUGUAGAGUCUUUGCCUGACAAAGAUGGAAAGAAAUGUCUUUUUCUCAUUAAAUGUUUUGAUAAGACCUUUGAAAUCAGUGCUUCAGAUAAGAAGAAGAAACAGGAGUGGAUUCAGGCCAUUCAUUCUACUAUUCAUCUGUUGAAGCUUGGCAGCCCCCCACCACACAAAGAAGCCCGCCAGCGUCGGAAAGAACUCCGGAGGAAGCUGCUGGCUGAGCAGGAGGAGCUGGAGCGACAGAUGAAGGAGCUCCAGGCUGCCAACGAAAACAAGCAGCAGGAGCUGGAGACUGUGAGGAAGAAACUGGAAGAAGCAGCAUCUCGUGCAGCAGAAGAAGAAAAGAAACGCGUACAGACUCAAGUGGAACUGCAGGCCAGGUUCAGCACAGAGCUGGAGCGGGAGAAGCAUAUUAGACAGCAGAUGGAAGAACAGGUUGCCCAAAAAUCCUCGGAACUGGAACAGUAUUUGCAGCGAGUACGGGAGCUGGAAGACAUGUACGUAAAGCUGCAGGAGGCUCUUGAGGAUGAGAGACAGGCCCGGCAAGAUGAAGAGACUGUGCGGAGGCUUCAGGCCAGGUUGCUGGAAGAAGAGUCUUCCAAGAGGGCUGAACUAGAAAAGUGGCACGUGGAGCAGCAGCAGGCCAUUCUGACAACCGAAGCGGAGAAGCAGGAGCUGGAGAACGAGCGCGUUGUAAAAGAGCGAGCCCUGCAGGAAGCGAUGGCACAGCUGGAACAGCUCGAGUUAGAGCGUAAACAAGCACUUGAGCAGUAUGAGGGAGUUAAAAAGAAGCUGGAGAUGGCAACAAGUAAGACCAAGAGCUGGAAGGACAAAGUGGCCCAACAUGAAGGAUUAAUUCGGUUGAUAGAACCAGGUUCAAAAAACCCUCACCUAAUCACUAACUGGGGACCUGCAGCUUUCACCGAGGCAGAACUUGAAGAGAGAGAGAAGAGCUGGAAAGAAAAAAAGACCACUGAGUAACUGAACAUGGCAGAAGAAGCAUCGGUCAUAUAGAUACCAAGUGUAGCUGGAAAGCUUUAUGCUAAAUGCAGAAAAGAACUGGCUUUGCUGCUCUUAGCUUUUCUUCCUUCAGUGCUUCCAAUUGGGUGAAUAUGCUAAAGAAGACUUCUUAUUUAUCUUCCUGCAAAUAGGACCUUAUUGGGGGGAAAAAAGUCAAUAUUGUCAAGCUCCUUACUCUUCCUUUGAAAACUCAGCUUCUGAAAAUUACCUUUCGUUCAGCUCUCUCAGAUUCUUUUUGGAAUGAGGCAGCAUUGGAGGCCACACAGUCCACUCUGCACUGUUUGGAGAGGAGUGGGGUAUAGGUGCUCCAUGUCACUGAAAAAUCAGAAACUCUUUAGACUGGAUGUCAGUUACUUCCUUUGGUAGCGUGUUUCCUUCUCCAAGUAUGUGUUUUUAAACUCUAGUGGCCAGUCUGUCUGCCAUUCCAUGCUGUUUGACAGACUGCCGUUGGCAUUGGUGCUCUGAAAGGGAAGUCAUGGCCUCGCUGCCAUUUCCUGGCUUCUCUUCUGGAAUGUGAUCUGGUUAGUGGAGGUUUUCUAGCUUCUACUACAACGUUUCUUUCAUAAACCAUCACACACAGCAUGUAUCAUUUCCAUCUCCUUUCCUUUCACCUCAAAGAAAAAUGUCCAGUUGGCCCACACUCUCAACCUAAUUCUCUCUCUUUAGCAGUAGAGUGAUGUGCUACCCUUGUUGGCCAGGUACAUGCCUGGUCGUGAGAGGAUUAUGUUGAGCUGUUGUUGUUGUUGUUAGUUACUCAGUUGCCAUUGAAUCAAUUCCCACUCAUGGCGACCCCAUGUGUGCAGAGUAUAACUGCUCCAUAGGGUUUUCAAUGCUGUGAACUUUCAGAAGCAGAUCACCAGGCCUGCCUUCCGAGGUGCGUCUGAGUGGAUUUGAACUGCCAACCUUUCAGCUAGUACUUGAGCACUUAACUGUUUGCACCACCCUGGGAUUCCAUUAUGCUGAGUAGUAGAAGCUAAUUUGAAAUAAUAAUUAUUCUGGUAAUUUAUAAAGCACUCUGUAAUGGGAAGUUGACUGUAUGUUUGCUAGUUAGAUUCAAAGCAUCAUAAAGACGAUGGCCUAUCACUAUAUUAGCCCAGUCAUGAUGUUAGCUGUUGUUAGGUGGGCAGCAUUUCUGCUUUGUCUAUCUUCUAUGGGUGGCAGUAGAGGAAAUAUCCAGUAAAAACAAGUUUAGCAGGGAGUUUGGAACAGGACUUUGAACCGGUUCAUUCUGGGAUGAACCGGUUCUAAGCCCUGGUGUGGGGUCUUAGUUUCCAUGCAUCUGAUUUGAAAGGUGUACUGGGGGAGGUUUUCACAGUCUGUCUUGGGAUUGAAAAUAAUUUUUAUGAAAUCAAGGCCUCCAACACUGAUUAUAAACAGCAGUAAUUCCAUGGUUCUGAUGCAAUGAUGCUUAAAAUUGUAAAUAAAUCUGGUGAUGAUUCAGUUGUUGCAAACGAGAAAGAAUUCAGUGGGAGGGUUAAAGUCCCCCUCCCUCUGCAGGUAUUCAGUGAGUACAGAAGACCCUCAUGUGUUCUUGCUCUAAUGCUUGCAGCGAUUUCACAAAGAUGCACACAUCUAGGAUAAUAUUGUUUCAGAAAUUUCAGUACACGUAUUUAUUUUCAAGAGAGGAAAUUACAACGUAAUACCAUAAAUUAUCACCUUUUAUGACUGGAAAAUAUUUGCCAAUGAAAUGGCCUUUAGGAAUUUGUCUUAAGGUUUUUGGCUUUUUAAUAAAAAUGUAAUUUUUAUUUAAUGAUCUCUUUGAAGUGCCUUUAUAAAAUUUAGGUUAUUAUUAUCUGAAAGGUCUUUGUAUCAUAUGCCUUUGAAGUUU